AUGCAGGGCAACGACGUGAACCAGUCUCCGCUGAAGGGUUCCGAGGAUGCCCAACCAGACCGCAAGCCGACGAGCGACUCGAAGAGCGGCUCCAAGAGCGGCUCGAAAUCGUCAGCAGCAGACAGAAAGAAGAAAAAACCCCACAACCAAGGCGGCAAGUACAAUUUCGAAGACGACCCGGACCUGACCGAGGAAGAGAAAGCAGAGAAACGAAGACAAGAAGAACAUGAUCGCAUGGAGAAGGCCAUACGUAACCAGUUCGAAAAAGAGGAGCGCAUGAUGGGCAGGAAACAAGGCGCAGGCGCGAUUUACGGAAACACCAUGACCACACUCGUCGACAAGGCAUCAUCUAGAAGUGUGGCGAACGAGGCAGCGCUGAAGCCAACGAAGGAGACGGUCCAAUUCACGGACGAAAAGCCCUUUAUCUACGACCCGUAUCCCCAGUACAAUCGGAAGGAGUGGCAGACGAGUAAACGAGCCGAGUUUGUGCCCUGCGAGGGCCCGGAUGGCCGACCGGUCGAGGACAUCAGGGUCUUCAAAGGCGCACCCCGUGAUUUCCCUCCCCCUUCUUUCGGCAGUUACGAAGUUCUAGAUAUUGAUUCGAACUUGUGUUUCGAGCGAGAGACGCGCCUUGGCCAGUACGGCUAUGCCAACAGCAGAAACACCAAGCUUUCAGGGGAUUGGGACCUGAUCAAUUGGGGACAGCUACAGGAGCUAUGCGUCAAGAAGAAUAAAGCCCGAUUUGACAUGCGAGGAAGCCCCAACCCGUUCAUCGAUAGCACCUACGGACAAUUUGACUACGGUUUGAGCACCGCGGACAAAACAAACAACAAUGACGAGCUGAGGAGAAGAAAGAAAGAGGAGAAACCGUCGGGCCAACGAUACGAAAAUAGUCGGAACGUGGAGAAGGAACAGAGGACCGCCGUUUUGAUACGAACUUACACGGGUCACGAUUACACCGAGAAUGACAAGCAGGUCAUUCGUUCGAUGGUAUCGGAACUGUCCCUGCGAACCGGGGGGCAGUAUCAAGUCUUCCUUUUCGUACAUGUUAAAGACACCGACAUUCUGAUCUGGGACGAUGAGGAUACUUACCAAUAUAUCCUCCACGCAAGCGUACCGCCCGAGUUCGCAGACAUGGCCAUCCUGUGGAAUGACGAUGCCGUUCGAUCCGUAUAUACAAAGCUGGACGAGCACACGUCGAGUGUUCAUGUCGCGCAGUGGUUAUCCGUCCAGAAGUUCUCACAGGAGUUUCCGGAAUUUGACUUUGUUUGGAAUUGGGAGCUGGAUUCAAGAGUGAUCGGUCAUCACUUUGAUUUCCUCGAGAAGUUGGUCAAGUUUGCCAAGAAACAGCCACGUCGAGGACUGUGGGAACGCUCUGAUCGAUACUACAUCCCUUCAAUCCACGGGGAUUACGACACAGAUUUCCGAAAGAACGUGGAGAGUCACGCGGUGAAUGGCAGCGUCUGGGGCCCCCCGGAUCUCCCUUUCAUCAAACCUAUAGGACCCAAACCUCCGGUCAAGAAACCGGAGGAUGAUGAUUAUGAGUGGGGCGUCGGGGAGGAGGCCGACGUGAUUACGCUGGCACCUAUAUUUAACCCGAUCAACAGCUCGUGGAUUGGCUGGUUUGACGUCUGGGGCUAUAACGACACGUCGCAUGUGAGUCUGGACGUGCCGCGGCGAGCCACCAUCAUUACCCAGUCCCGCGUGUCGAAGCGCCUGCUCGACAUCAUGCACGUCGAAAACCUGCGAGGAAACCACGUCUCGUCGGAGAUGACGACGCAGACGGUGGCUCUGCUUCACGGUCUGAAGGCAGUAUAUGCCCCAAUGCCCAUAUUCUUCGACCGGCCAUGGGACGGCAAGAGCCUAGCCAAAUGGUUCAAUGGCGGGCCCAACGGCGAAAGCGGUAGCAACGGAAGCGCCAUGGGCUGGGGAAGAGAGGGAAGGUUCCUGGGAAGCACUUGGUACUUUCGCGCCGUUCCGCCACAGCGUCUGUACCUAAACUGGAUGGGUUAUGAAGACACCAAUAUGGGCGGCACCAUGUGGGAGAGGGAAUACGGUCGUCCGUGUUUGCCGGCGAUGAUACUGCACCCCAUCAAGGACGUCGAGGAGACGCCGGUCGGCUAUGUCAGCAAAUCGGAGUUGCCAUACGCCUGA